AUGCGUUGCGAGCUCUAUGAAGGCGGCGUGAAUCCAUCAGAGCCGUGUUUCCACAGUCUGCAGGAGCUGAAUGCGCCUGCAUCGUCAGCCGCAUUCCCGAGCCGUGUCUCACCUGACAACCUGCCUGUUUUCUCUCCUCGCCGCUCCGCUCUAAACCUCCGCUCACCCACGCUCAGACGUAUGUCACUCUGCAGGUCGCUGCAACACGAGAACACUUCUGAGGACUCCGAGGUGAUGGCGCUCAUUAACCAACACGCAUGUGACAAACGGCGCUCUGAGGUGGACGUGUGUGCAGGCGGCGGAGGUUACCUGGCAGUGAGGAGGGCAGAGUUCAGCUCAGAGGGUCUGAGGUUCUGA